CUAUUCCUGCCUGGAAAGCAUACUCUGGCACAAAUUGUAAGGUAUAGGCUGAAUGAAGGGCGCAAGGUUACAUGCCAAUUGCUGGGUGUAAUCCUUGAGGAGACCACUCCGGAGGAGCUUCAGGAACAUGCAACGGUUAAAUCUUCUGUCCGGGAGGUGCUACUAGAGAUUACAAAAUUCUGUGAUCUAUAUCUUAUGGAAAGAGUUCUUGAUGAUGAAAGUGGGGAAAGAGUUCUCUUGGCUUUGAAAGAUGCUGGUCUGUUUACAUCAGGUGGUUUAAACAGUGAGAAGGUUCUCUUCUGUAGUACGGAAAAUGGGCGUAUUUCUUUUGUGCGGCAGCUAGAACCAGAUUGGCAUAUUGAUACAAACCCAGAUAUAAUACACCAGUUAGCAAGGUUCAUCAAGUAUCAACUUCACAUUUCUCCAACGAGAAUUGAACGUGCUGCACCUAAUGUGUUCAGUGCCACAUGCUUGGAGCAUUUCUUUGGGAUUUUGGAUUGAAGGUAAUACCUGCUGCAAUCAAUUGCAGGCCAUUUGGCUGCAAAGCUUUCAAAAAAAAAAAAAAUUUUUUUGGGUGCUUUUGCAACUUUCGAUGUGCAAUAUGAAAGUUAGAAUAUUGGCAUUGGAUGCAAAAUUUUA